AUAGAGUUAACAACGUUCCAUUGAUGCCACUCCAAUAAAGUAUCAAGAUUUUUGAGAUUUCAAACUUUCGAGGAAAGCAUGUAAAAAAAUAAUCGAUCGAUAAUAUUACUUCGGUAAAAGCUAUACUAUUAUCACCGAGAGCGGCUGCGAUAAAAAAAACUUUCUUUAAUGCGCUUUAACAUCUUUUGCAAAAAGUGUCCCGUGUUCAGUAAAAAAAAAAUAGAUGGAAAUGUCGUCGCAAAUGACUGGAGGUGGAACUAACAUGGCAUACCACGGUCUCAGUCAACAUGUCAAUUUCGAUGUGAUACCGGAUCCAGGUGAACGUUUUCGAUUGGAAGAAUUGAUCGGCGAGGGUACUUAUGGCGAAGUGUACGCUGCUUACGAUAAAGAAACUGACAACAAGGUUGCUAUCAAAAUACUGGAGAAUGUCGCUGAUAACAUCGAAGAGAUUGAAGAAGAAUAUUUGGUGCUAAGAGAUUUGAGUCAACACCCAAAUAUUCCUAUUUUUCACGGUUUAUUUUUAAAGCGAGCGAAGCCUGGUCAGGAAGAAGAUCAAUUAUGGUUCGUGAUAGAGUUGUGCACUGGAGGUUCCGUAACCGACCUCGUACAGGGUCUCAAAAAACGUGGCAGUCGCCUAACGGAUGACCAAAUAGCUUAUAUCUUGAAGGAGACCGUCGAAGCUCUGAUCUUUCUGCACAGUAAUCAUUGCAUGCAUCGCGACGUGAAAGGUCAUAAUAUCCUCCUCACGGAAGAAGCGCGUGUCAAAUUGGUCGAUUUUGGUGUAUCUUCACAUCUGGCUGCGACUCUCGCCAGGAAAAACACAUCUGUCGGAACGCCAUAUUGGAUGGCACCGGAGGUAAUAGCUUGCGAGCAGCAAUUGGAUUCAUCGUACGAUUCGCGUUGCGAUGUCUGGUCGAUCGGCAUUACCGCUAUCGAGUUGGCCGAGGGUGACCCUCCCUUAUCGGAAUUGCAUCCCAUGCGGGCACUAUUUCAAAUUCCGAGAAAUCCUCCCCCUUCCUUAAAAAAUCCGGAUAUAUAUUCGUCGGAACUGACGGAUUUUAUAGCCGAAUGUUUGGUGAAAGAUUUGGAGCAUCGACCGUUUGCCAGUGAAUUGAGAGAGCAUCCAUUAUUGACAAAGGUGGAACCAAUCGUAGAGAAAAUCAGAGAGCAAUUGAGAGAAGAGAUUCGUAGACAGAGAACAGAAGGUCGCGUUCACCGGCAGCCGGAAGUGACUACAAAACAUGGUAAAUUGAAGACGGACCGCAAGACGAGACCAGAGAAGAUGUACAUGGAUGAUCUGGCGGCUCUCGAAUACCGAUAUGAGCAAGCGCAGAUAUACACAUAUAUCGGGGAUAUACUGGUUGCUGUUAAUCCUUUCACUAAUCUAGGUUUAUAUACCGGUAUCGAACAAAAACGGUACAAAGGACAAGCGAGAUCAGAUAAUCCCCCACAUAUAUUUGCGGUUGCCGAUGCCGCGUAUCAAGCUCUACUUCAUCAACGUCAAAACCAAGCGAUAGUUAUCAGCGGCGAAUCAGGUGCCGGAAAGACGGAAAGCGCAAAUUUACUACUAAAACAGCUCGUCUAUCUCAGCAAGGCGCCGAAUCGUAACCUCGAGGAAAGGAUACUCCAAAUAAAUCCUAUAAUGGAAGCUUUCGGAAAUGCCACGACUGGUAUCAAUGCGAAUUCUUCCAGAUUCGGAAAGUACCUAGAUCUAACGAUGACAAAAGGCGGAAAGGUGACUGGUGCGCGAAUUUCAGUAUAUCUGUUGGAACAAUCACGAGUGAUUGCUCAAGCUGAGGGUGAACGAAACUUUCAUAUUUUUUAUUAUAUGUACGAUGGCCUGGAAGCGGAUGACCGCCUCUCGGAAUAUUACCUCGACCUUACGCUUCGAAGAUAUCAUCGAUAUCUCACGCAUUACAGUCACACGUCGCAAACGCACAUUGACAAGUUCCAGCAGCUCAAAAUGGGUUUCAAGGUACUCGGAUUUCAGGAUAGCGAGGUAGACACGGUGUAUCGGGUUUUAGCCGCUAUCCUCCAUCUAGGUGACAUUGAAUUUGCUGAAGUGGCAACACAAGACAACACCGACAAUAAAAGUAGAGUCAUCGACACUAUUCCAUUACAUAGAGUUUCAAAAUUACUCGGCGUCGAACAGAACGAUCUCCUAGAAGCCUUGACAUCAAACUCGGUGAUGACCAGAGGCGAGACAAUUACGCGGAACAAUACGGUAGCCGAAGCUCGUGCUGCUCGCGACGCAAUGGCCAAAGGUCUCUAUGGCCGACUCUUCGAUUGGAUGGUCAACCAGAUCAAUUGUUUACUGUGCUUCAGCCGUUCACCAAAUUACGAACCGCUAGCAAUCGGGCUGCUAGAUAUCUUUGGCUUCGAAAACUUUCCUAGAAACUCAUUCGAACAGCUCUGCAUCAAUAUAGCUAACGAACAGAUACAGUAUUACUUCAACCAACACAUCUUUACUUGGGAGCAACAGGAAUACAUGGCCGAGGGAAUACCCGUGGAUCUCGUCGAAUUUUCCGACAACAGACCGGUUCUCGAUAUGUUACUAAGCAAGCCCAUGGGACUCUUGGCGCUUCUCGAUGAAGAGAGCCGAUUUCCCAGAGCGACCAAUCGAUCUCUGAUCGAAAAAUUUCACAACAAUAUUAAAUCAAAAUUCUACGUACGCCCCAAAUCGGACGCGGUCUGUUUCGCGAUAUAUCAUUUCGCUGGUCGUGUGGUCUAUCAAGCCGAGGGAUUUCUCGAGAAGAACAGAAACUUCCUGCCACCCGAAGUCAUUCAACUGGUACGACAGUCGCAAUACGAUAUGGUUCGUUUCCUGUUCCAAUGCCCGAUCACGAAAACCGGUAAUUUAUACUCGGCGCUGCAGGAGAAUGACUCGAGAAAAUCGCAAUCAAAUCAAAACACAAAGGAACGUUAUUCUAGUCGAGGUUUAGCAUCACAAUCGAGAGCUCAGCAGACGGUAGCGACAUACUUCCGGUAUUCUCUAAUGGAUCUAUUACAAAAAAUGGUGUCCGGUUCACCUCAGUUCGUUCGAUGUAUAAAACCAAACGAUUCGAAAAGUCCACGUUUCUUCGAUAAAGACAAAGUUGUAAAGCAAUUGAGGUAUACCGGUGUCCUCGAGACAAUACGUAUAAGACAAAAUGGAUUUUCCCAUAGGAUACCAUUCAACGAAUUUCUUAAGAGAUAUUGCUUUCUUGCUUUCGGCUAUGAUGAACGCGUAAUUGCCAAUCGAGAUAAUUGUCGACUUCUUCUAUUACGAUUAAAAAUGGAUGGAUGGGCGUUAGGCAAGACAAAGGUUUUUCUAAAAUACUAUCACGUCGAAUUCCUCUCAAAACUAUAUGAGGAACAGUUGAGGAAGAUAAUUAUAGUCCAAGCAUGUGUUCGAAGAUGGCUCGCAAAAUUAAGAUUUAAGAAGCAAAAAUGGCAGUUUGCUGUAUCAGUGGUCACGUUACAACGCCAUAUUCGAGGAUGGUUAUCCCGAAAACAGACAGAACAAAUGUUGGCUGAAAAACGUGCGAAAGAGGAAAAUGAGGCGCUUAAUUUUAUGAUGAAUGAGGUGAAACGUAGAGAGCAGGAAAAUAUAGACAUAAAUAAUCGCGAAAAACGACAAAUGCGUAAAAAUCUAGAAAAGAACGUUGCAGCAACUGUCAUACAAAGUCACUUUCGAGGUUAUACUAUUCGUAAACGGUUUGGAUACGAUCUAGAGGAGCGUUUUAAGAGGAUUUUAAACAAUUAUGACAAUAUAUAUGAUGGCCACAAAGCGCUAUUGCGCGAAGGACUAAAGCACGAAGACGCAGCUCUUAUUGUUCAAAGAUGGUACAAAAAAGAAGAGAAACUAGUCAGAAAGAAACCAGCCAUGAAAGAUCCUGUACAUCCUAAACUACGACAAGCAGAUCUAAUUCAGUUUUCUCAAAAUGUACAUAUGAAAAACCAGGAAGUGCACAAAAAUCUCCGUCGCAACAAACCUGGUAUCAGAUUGAAUGAUAUCGAGGAACCUCCGCUAGAUUACGUUCGUCCUGAAGGAUUUAAUAUGGUGCAGUCGAUAUUACAGUACCGUAGCGGAAUGCAGCCACAAGAGGAAGACAGUGUUAAAUACUAUCAGGAUCUGAAGGAAGAGAUGAGCAGUGGUUCGGAAUUCGAAGACGACGAAGUUGGCUGGGACUUGCCGUUGAUACGGCUAGAGAAUGACCUUCAUUCAUCGAGGAGUCAGAAGGGUCAUAUUCUGGAAGUGAGUGCCGAAAGGAGAGAUCGUACAGUUCAGAGCGAUUUUGUAGUGGCACCAGAACAACAUCUAUCAAACAUUUGGCACAAAGCCCUGCUACAGUAUUCCGAUCUUCGCAAAAACGAGAGCUCCAAGAAAAAUGUCAGUACAAGGGUUAAUAACCUGCGUAACGAGAAUCUGCAAUCACACACGAGUGGACAAUAUACAACCAGUUCUCCGAAUAUCCACGAUCCACCUGGCCUACGAUUCACGGUCGAUGGCCGAUAUAAUGCCGUAAACGAACGUCAGAAUAUCUUUAAUGGACAAAAUCUUGUUAAUGACAAUCACAAUUCCGUUAAUGAAUAUCACACAUCGAUCAACAAUCAUCAGACUCCCUGUAAAAUAAAUAACGGCAUUGCAAUGAGCCAGAUAAAAAUUUUGAAUACUGAACAAUCUGAGUUAAAUAACGGUUUGAUAAAUAAUAAAUCCGAAAAGACAGAUCGAUCGAAUCAUAAGCAAAAUGGCUAUCCGAUAAAAAAUCAUCAGAAUAAUAUAGAUCAUAAGAAUGAUCUCAAUCGAUUAGCGAACGGAAAAGCGACAAAUCAAGAACAGUUUCAAAAUGAUACUUUCAAUAUUACAACUAAUCUUAGGCAACUUCUAAGGCCGACGGUGAUUGAGAAGCGGCAAGAAAGUGCCAAGGCUGAAUACGAUACGGAAGAUAUUAACGGACCUUACAAUUUUAGGCAAUUGCUAAGACCAACCGAGUAUCUCCCGACUGAAUCUUUAAGGAAAAGAAAAGGAGGAACUGUUUCCAAUGGAGUGUCACUGCCGAAGGACAAGGUCCCGGAGAAACAUGUUAAAAGAAGAGCGCCAUUGGCACCGACACAAAACAAAUCGAUGAACGCAAACAAGUGAUAUUAAUUUAUAUAAUUCAAUGAAAAUAUUUCAAAAGAUUUGAUUUUAUAAAAAAUGAUUU